UGGAGCGGAGGUUAUCAAUGUGUCUCUGGACACUGAAUUCAGUCAGGGGGUUGCAGAGACAGAAGAGACAGCAGGGGAAUCAGCAGUAGUGGAGACAGGGGUGGAGGAUAACACUAUGCAGGUUGUGUCAUCAGAAGAAAAAGGAGCAGCUGAAACAGGAACUCAAGAUGCAGAGGAAACUCCAGCUAUUGUGGGCGUGGCAGUGGACGGAGACGCAGAACAGGAGGGUUUGGAAGAGUCUGACUCUCACCUGGCUGUGGCUGUUGUGGAGCAGGUAGCAGAUGUAUUGGUAAAGGAAGAAACACUAGAGGGAGAAACUCAGGUAGAAAGUGAUGCGUCAGUUCUGCCGUCUGAUAAUCAAGAGACAGAGACCACGGAAAUUGUAGUGGGGGAAACAUUAGAGGUGGAGGAGGAAGAGGUAGUGGAGGACACAGAAGGACCAGAAGUAAAGGACCAACAAGGCCAGUUGGUGGUUGAGGGAGGAGCUGCCGGAGAGGUAGGGACAGAAGGUGCAGAUGUGGGGGAGGCGGCAGGAGGAGAAAGAGAUGGAGAGAGAGAAAUAAAAGAGGAAUCUGUGGCGUUGGUGGAGGAGGGGGGUGACCAACACGCGGGAGGAGAGGAGCAGUUCACACUGGAGACGUCACAUGGCGGCGAAACAGACGAUCAAGAAAUGCUGGUGAUCCCUGCCCCAGAGCCUGAAGACCAUGCUGAAGCCUCCGUGGAGCGGAGCACCGAGAACCAGGCUCCCACCCUGAGCCCAUCCCUUGGCGGGGAGGAGUCGGUGGAAAAUACCCCCGGUGAUGAGAAAUCCAACCAUGGCAAUGAGAUCAUCACCCCCACCGAUGACAUUUUGCCACACAACCCUGAUGUCUCCCACCCGACGCUGGAUAAUACACUGAAGGAUGUUCUGGCUGAACCCCCUCAGGCAGAAGUGGAGGAACCAGGGGAGACCAAUGAGCUAGUGGAAGAUUCAACUAUAACCACAGAGAGGAGUGAACUUGGCCUGGAGGCGUGGAAGAUUGGGGCCAUUUCUGCUGCAGUCUUCCUGGUUCUGGAGACCGCAGUCAUCAUUAUCUACAUCCUCAAAUGUCGUAACAAAAACAACACCCCAGCUACUCAGCGGGCAUGUGAGGAAGGGUGCGUUGAACCAGAGGCAGCUACAGGAGGGGACUGCAGUGACGACACACUGCCAGCAGGCAACGGGGGCACUCAACAGAUAGCAGCACUUGACCCGUCUGAUGUGGCUUCAACCCUGGCCCAAAACAAACAGCCGCACACAGAGGAGCAGGCGGUAGCCAUGUUGGACAUCCCGCCCGGCUCCAGAGAGGAGUCCGCCAACACUGGACCGGGACUGGACUCCUCACAAGACCUCAGGACUUCCAUCCUCUAGGGGUCUAACCAUUUGUCUGUUCCUUCUGUGUCUAAAUAAAAACCCAAAAAGCCACUCUCCUCCCCUGUACCCCAUCCCUGUUUACCCAGUGAAUCACCCUAAACCAACACAGACGGCCUUAGAUUCCAACUGUAACAACUGUAUAUGUAACACGUUUGUAUCUGGUGCGGAUGUCUGCUUGUGUGAGUGUAUGUGUAAAUUGAAAAUACGUAACACAUUGAAUGUGUGAAUGUGAAAGGAAGUUUGUGCAAUAACAGCUGAGAACGGGCUUGUGAAUAAGUGGAUGUGCGUGCUUUAAAUACUCUGCAUGUAUGUGAGUGUAAAUGUAAUAAAAUCUGGUUUGAGUCUAGUUUGAUGUCAGUAGGCUACAAUGACUUUGUUAAGAAAUGUUGUACAAAUCUGUUAAAAUCUGUGAACUGGGCAGCAGGCAUGAACCAUUUGACCCAAUUUAUCAGUAAUUCAGUUCCAUUUAUUCAGAGAGCUUUGGCAGAACCGUACUGUGCCAUUAUGUCAUGAUUAAACUGAAGUUUAAAACUUGAUUAGAUUUUUAUUCUGUGUAACCCCUGACCUUUGAAUCAUCAUUUGUAAUUUGAGUACCAUUAUUAAAAUGAUGAACGUGU